GCUUGCUGCUUCAAUCGCCGUGAGCGCUGGCUGACCGUCUGUCACCAAUUUUUAUUGUUUAUGUGUGCGAGUUUUAUUUGAGAAGUGAUAUAUUUUGCAAUUAUCCCAGUUUUCUGCUCGUGAAAAUCCAUAUAUUUUAGUGCAUAUUCCAUCAAUACACCACGGCGGACACUCAGGGCAAUUUCUCUUUGGUGUAUUGAUCAUGAAUUUGGUGAGGCAGUGAAGUGAAUUUGAAGAAUUAGUCGUGACAAUGAAUCCAGAAUUUGAGGAGCGUAUCCUCAAGCACUACAGUCCAACAUCGAGGAAAUUGGGCGAAAACUGUGGAUCUCCGCUGGACAGAUUUAUUCCCUGUCGCGUCAACAAUAACUGGCAGACAAAUUUUGCCACUGUCACCAAGUCUGGUGAUGCCACAACGCCCACCAGUGGCAAAAAGCACCGGGACUAUGGGGAUUCGAUGAGGGAUAGCGUAGCAUAUUCCUGUUUGCUCAGGAAUGAACUCCUGGGGGGAGCAAUUGAUGAUGUCAAGUGCGUGGAUGAAUCCACGCCCACGAAACAUCAAGCUCUGAGCGCCAAAAGGACCCUCUUCAAGUACCAAGCUGAAGAGGAUUCCAGCGAACCCUGCUCCUAUUCACUGUCGCCCAUCAGUGCCAAGAGUCAGAAGCUCCUGCGCUCCCCCAAGAAGGCCAUGCGGAAAAUCUCCCGGAUUCCCUUCAAGGUGCUGGAUGCGCCGGAACUGCAGGAUGACUUCUACCUCAAUCUCGUAGACUGGUCCAAUCUCAAUGUGCUGGCCGUGGGUUUGGGCAGUUGCGUGUACCUCUGGAGUGCGUGCACGAGUCAAGUGACUCGCCUCUGUGAUUUGCACGCAGACAGCAACUCAGUGACGUCAGUGUCGUGGAAUGAGAGGGGUACGUACGUGGCUGUGGGCACGCACCAUGGUUACGUGACGGUGUGGGAUGUGGCUGCGAAUAAGCAGGUAAAUAAAUUGAUGGGGCAUUCGGCUCGCGUGGGGGCGCUGGCGUGGAAUGGAGAUAUCCUGUCGAGUGGCUCGAGGGAUAGGUUGAUUAUGCAGCGUGAUACGAGAAUGGGUUCGGCUGUGCCUGAACGAAGGCUCACGGGGCAUCGGCAGGAAGUGUGUGGGCUGAAGUGGUCGCCGGACAAUCAGUAUCUGGCCAGUGGAGGAAACGACAAUCGGCUGUAUGUGUGGAAUCAGCACGCACUGACACCAGUGCAGUCCUAUUCGGAACACAUGGCGGCUGUGAAGGCUAUUGCCUGGUCACCCCAUCACCAUGGGCUUCUGGCCAGUGGUGGUGGCACAGCUGACAGAUGCAUCCGCUUCUGGAAUACCCUCACGGGACAACCGAUGCAGUGCGUCGACACUGGUUCACAAGUGUGCAACUUGGCGUGGUCCAAACAUUCGUCGGAGCUCGUUUCCACGCAUGGCUAUUCCCAGAAUCAGAUCCUCGUGUGGAAGUAUCCGUCGCUGACGCAGGUGGCGAAGCUAACGGGGCACUCCUACAGGGUGCUGUAUCUGGCACUGAGUCCGGAUGGCGAGGCAAUUGUGACGGGAGCUGGAGAUGAGACACUUCGUUUCUGGAAUGUCUUCAGCAAAGUACGAAGUCAGAAGGAGAACAAGAGUCUCCUCAAUCUCUUCUCUUCCAUCAGAUAGAAAAGAAUUUUGAUAGAGCCCAAAAAAAAAUAGAGACAUCUCAGCUUCACGUGAGUCUUCUUCUCAAUUUCCCCCAAAAAUGCAUUUUCUUUCACGUGAUUUGUUUAUUUUUUUUUCUCGGGGAGGGGGGAGGUGGAAAUUGUUAAGAUGUAAAAAUGCGUGAAUGGGAUAGUGUUUAAAAUUUAGCUUUCUGUGUCAUCUCAGUGUUUUGUCUCUUUACGAUGAGACAGAAUUUUCUUUUCUUGCAAAAUGUACUUCUAGGUGAAAAAUAAUUUUCCGAAAUUAAUAUGAAAUGGAAUAUUUUGCCGUCUUUUUUUUUUGAGGAGGAAAAAAAUAUUGAAAAUUGUACAGAUUCUAUUAGGAAAAAAAAGAAACAAGGUUUAAAUUAUAAGAGAAAAUUCUCAAAAUGGC